UUUAAAUUGUUAAAUCAUGAACUAUUAAAGAAUAUAAGAAGCGUUUUAAACCAAAAUAAAGGGUAAGUAGAUAAUUUACAAGUUGAAGCCCAAUGGUGAAAGAGACUCCACGAAGAGAUCUGCCUUCUAUACCAUGAGAAGAGAUUCUUGCAGAGUAUCAUAGCUGAUCUGCAAGCACUAAAAAAAUCAUACACAUAAGCUAUAAUUAAGAUAAGCUAAUCAUACACAGUCAAGAUGCAAAAACCUUAAUUAAAUAAUAAAUGCUUUCUAAAUCAAGGAAUAAAUAGUUCAAUCAAUCUGAAUUUUGAAUGAUGAAGUGGGUCCUAGGACAUAGGACAUGAAUGGUUUAAUUGAAUCCAUGUAUGCCAUUGUACAAUUCAGGAGUGGUUAAGUAUCAAGUGUCACACUUUCUCAGAGUACUGAAUAACUCCUCUCUUACAACAGAUUUCCCAGUGCCACUCUCUCAAUUGACAUGCAUUAUUGCUGCUGUAAUAGCUAAUAACCUUAUCAAUCCUACUUAUACCUUGCCCUUUUUUCAUAAAAGAUUGGAAUUUUUUUAGGAAUGGAAAUGAUAUUAAAACCACAUAUUCUUUAUGUGGUUUCACACCUAAUUCUUGCCUUAUAGCAGGCAAUCCACCUUCAUUGCAGAACUGGGUUUUGCUAAAUUUAAAGUCGCAACAUCAAAUUGGCUGAGCAAUCCACAACUGAUCAGUAAACACCUAUUUGUUGAAAUACGACCAUUGGAUAUUCUCCAUUUUUAACCAUCCAAUAAAUGCUCACCAAUCUAAUAACCUGACAAUCAAACUACCAUAAUUUUUCUGUCACGAUGCAUCUACUCUAUGGCCCACAAUUUGGAAAGAUUAAUUUGACUCACUUGUAUGAGAUAGAGUGAUUUAGAAGUGCAUGUGCAUCAUCUUCACACUCUGCUAGAGUAUCGAUCAAAAGUUUUUCUCAUUGGUAUUCUAUUCUACUGCCUUUUGAUAAAUCUUACGUAUAAUCCAAUCCGUUCAUUGGACAUGCUCCACUGGGAUGAAGGGACAAUCCAAGCAUCAGGCCACACAAAUAUAAUGGUGGGCCUUGAAGAAGCUCGAAUGUGUGGAACUCAUGUACGUUUGAGCGUAUAUGAUCAUUCUCCAACUAGGAAGGUUGUUCUGUGGGUGGUAGCUCCGGCAUUGAUAGCCAAAGGAUCGACGACGACGGUUAUGACGGUUUUCUUAAUCAUGUUCCUCUUCCAAUACCUCCCCAAGAUCUACCACUCCGUCUGUCUUCUGCGUCGCAUGCAAAACAUCUCCGGCUACAUCUUCGGCACCAUCUGGUGGGGCAUCGCCCUCAACAUGAUCGCCUACUUCGUUGCGUCCCACGCGGCAGGUGCAUGUUGGUACUUGUUAGGAAUACAAAGGGCUACAAAGUGCCUGACUGUGCAAUGUGGUCGAGCUAAGGGAUGUGUGGCUACAACAUUAGGGUGUGAAGAGCCCAUUUACUAUGGGACGGCCAUGGUGAAAGAUAGUGUGAGAUUAGCAUGGGCACACAACAGUCAGGCAAGGAGUGUGUGUAUAACCAGCAGUGAUAAUUUCGAUUAUGGUGCCUUUAAAUGGACGGUUCCUCUUGUUACUAACACUAGCCGCUUGGAGAAGAUACUGUUUCCAAUCUUCUGGGGUCUGAUGACCCUCAGCACAUUUGGGAACCUUGAGAGCACAACUGACUGGCUGGAAGUGCUCUUCAAUAUCAUCGUUCUGACGAGCGGCCUCCUUUUGGUGACCAUGUUGAUUGGAAAUAUCAAGGUCUUCCUCCAUGCAACCACGUCUAAGAAACAAGGGAUGCAGCUGAAGAUGAGGAAUGUGGAGCGGUGGAUGAAGCGUCGGCAUUUGCCACAGGGCUUCAGGCAGCGGGUCCGGCAAUACGAACGCCAGCGGUGGGCCGCAAUGCGAGGGGUGGAUGAGUGUGAGAUGGUCCAAAACCUCCCUGAGGGCCUCCGUAGGGACAUCAAGUAUCACCUUUGUCUAGACCUCGUACGACAGGUACCAUUGUUUCAACACAUGGAUGAGCUGGUGCUGGAGAACAUAUGCGACCGUGUCAAGUCCCUAAUCUUCCCCAAGGGUGAAAUGAUAACCAAAGAGGGUGACCCAGUUCAAAGAAUGUUGUUUGUGGUAAGGGGCCACCUUCAGAGUAGCCAAGUACUCCGGGACGGCGUAAAGAGCUACUGCAUGCUCGGGCCCGGCAACUUCAGUGGCGAUGAGCUCUUGUCAUGGUGCCUCAGGCGUCCAUUUGUCGAAAGACUCCCGCCAUCAUCCUCAUCACUGGUAACAAUCGAGACCACUGAAGUGUUUGGGCUGGACGCCGGCGACCUUAAGUACGUGACACAGCAUUUUCGUUACACAUUCAUCAAUGAGAAAGUGAAGAGGAGUGCUCGGUACUACUCGCCUGGGUGGAGGACGUGGGCUGCCGUGGCGAUCCAACUAGCAUGGAGGCGGUACAGACACCGGCUCACACUCACCUCGCUGUCGUUCAUUCGGCCCCGGCGGCCACUGUCGCGGUGUUCAUCGCUUGGGGAGGACCGGCUCCGGCUAUACACAGCCCUAUUAACCUCACCUAAGCCUAAUCAAGAUGAUUUUAGCUUCUGAAGAUAUGAUAUAUAGGUUUUUCUUUGUUUGUGGACGUUUGUACACAUGAAUGAUGUGCAUUUUAACUUAUUCAAUCGUUUAUUUUUCAUUAA